AUGGCAGAGGAUUCCAAUCGAUUUCUAACAUCGACAUCUUCUGGCGGGGGUUACAGUCAAGCGAAGCAAGAACAAUAUACCCUAUACUUGCGUAAACUUCACAAAGAAUUUCUGGAGAUAUGGAACGAAAGUCCCGAAACGACUGCGAAAAUAUCUGAUUUCGAGAAAUAUAAAGUUUUAGGCACUGGAGCAUUCGGCGUAGUGUAUUUGUCUAAACAUGUUACCACCGGAAGAUAUUAUGCUAUGAAAAUGCUUGAAAAAGAAAAGAUUGUCAAAUUAAAACAGGUGGAGCACAGUUUUUAUGAAAAGAAAAUAUUGUGUGGACUCAAUUUCCCCUUCGUUGUAUAUAUGAAAUACUUUCUCAAAGACAACGUAUACCUUUAUUAUAUUCUACCAUUCAUUCCGGGCGGUGAAAUGUUUUCUCAUUUACGUAAAUUGGGAAAAUUCGAAGAGGCUACGUCGAAAUUUUACGGCGCUCAAGUUAUUUUAGCUCUAGAAUAUCUUCACGCAUUAGAUUUAGUUUAUCGUGAUUUAAAACCGGAGAAUAUAUUGAUAGAUCGACAUGGAUAUAUUAAGAUAACAGACUUUGGAUUUUGUAAGCUUAUCCACGGUAGAACUUGGACCUUGUGCGGCACCCCCGAGUAUUUGGCUCCGGAAAUCAUUUUAAGUAAGGGUUACGGGUCUACCGUGGACUGGUGGUCCAUAGGAGUACUGCUUUUUGAAAUGAGUGCCGGUUAUCCACCAUUUUUUGCUUCAGAUCCAAUGAGAAUUUAUGAAAAAAUCGUUGCUGGAAAAUAUCGAUGUCCGAGCCAUUUCACAAUGGAAUUGAAAGACCUCAUAUCGCAUGUACUUCAAGUCGAUGUUACGAGACGUUAUGGUAAUCUAAAAAAUGGAGUGUUAGAUUUUAAAAAUCAUAAAUGGUUUAAAGAAAUGGACUGGGACGCACUUUUGAACAUGCGUCUCCAACCGCCAUUUAUACCGAAGGUUAAACAUCCGGGGGACACAACGAACUUUGAAGUUUUCGAGGAAGAAAAAAUUAAGGAAAGUCCAAUUAACUUAUUUGAAGACGAAUUCGCUAACUUUUAA